CUACAAUAGUACAGCCACAAUCUCUCAGAUGCACUGGACAUCACAGGAUUUUACUCUUGAAUUAUCAAGUGUUUUUUUUUUGGUAAACCUUCUGAAGUUUGAACUUUUGUGAUUGACAUCGAAUAUUUCCAGCCGUCAACUAGCGGGGUUUUUGGCCGUUGAAGGACAUGGAUUGUGCUGUGACCGCUCAUAUGUAACUGGCGACGUGUGGAUACACCGUAAACCAGCUUAAAACAGUCCUUAUCCAUACGAAGAUAAGCUUCUUCUUCUUGUUAUCAUCUCAAUAUACGUACUGCUGUCACGUCAACAUCUAAGAUGGAGUUUGUUAACUAAGCAGUUGUCUACUCAUAGGGCAGGUUGCAAUUCACAAGGAUUACAUUGCAAAUGGAACUGCAGAAAUGUACAUGUUUUACUUCUGAAUUUCUGAAGACUUCUCUAACGUCAAAUUUGAAGGAAGUAACAGAACGUUUAUACGAUACUACUAAGUUGGGAUACACCAACUUAACAGUUGUUGUCUACUCUUAGGACAAUGAUUACAUGUACAUUGCAAAUGGAACUAUACAUACAUGUUUUACUUCUGAAUUUCUGAAGACUUCUCUAACGUCAAACUUGAAGGAAGUAACCGAACGUUUAUACGAUUCUACUGAGUUGAGAUACACAAACUUGACAGUUGUUGUCUACUCCAUCUAACUCUACCUCAAUGUCUACUCAUAGGACAGGUUGAAAUCGUAAUGAUAACGUUUCAAAUGAAACUACAUGUUGUAUCACUUCUGAUGAUGUUGUUGUUUGAAGAUUUCUCAACGUAAAGUUUCAAGGAAGUACCACAACGUUUAGACGACACUGCUGAGUUGAGAUACAAUUGAAUUUCAUGCAUAAAACCUUCAAAGGGAAUCGUCGAUUACCGAGUUGAGAUACAAUUGAAGUUGCUGUGAACCUUUAAGGAAUCCUUGUUACCGAUUGCACCAACUUAAGGUUCAAGAUGGUGUCCGGAAAGAAGGAGCAUGGUGGUAUGAGUGGUUUACUGGGAAGUGUUCUAGCUGCUACAACGGAUAUUAUGUAUGGCACAUACACAGUGGAGGUAGAAACACCACCAACAGCUAAGCCCAAAGUCACAUUUGGUCACAUUGAGUCAAUGGCCGCCCUCUCCUCCGGGCCCACCUCUCCGUUCUCGGAUGCCUUGGACAUAGCUGGCUUCGGCGGGGAUGGGACGUCACCGGCCCAUGGAGGAGGCAAGGGAGGGGGGUCGGGAAAGAAGCUCAAGGGACCAGCAGGAUUUGUUAUGUCUAUGGUCACAAGCAAUAGAUCAUUGUUCAUCUUCAGCGAGCAGAAUUUCAUCCGAAGAUGUGCCAAGUGGUUAACAGAGUGGCUUCCGUUCGAGUACCUUAUCCUUGCCACCAUCAUUGCCAACUGCGUGGUACUUGCGUUAGAGGUCCAUCUUCCACAAGGAGACAAGACACCAAUGGCGUUGGAACUUGAAAAAACAGAGAUCUACUUCCUCGCCAUUUUCUGCCUCGAAGCGACGAUCAAAAUAACCGCAUUAGGUUUAGUACUACAUGAAGGCUCGUAUCUCAGAAACGGCUGGAAUUUAAUGGACUUCGUAGUUGUAGUUACAGGAUUUAUAUCAUUCAUAGGAGGUCUAGCAGAGACUACAGAGGGAAGCAGUUCGGCCCCAGAUCUGCGAACCCUUCGUGCAAUCAGAGUACUUCGACCCCUGAAAUUAGUAUCAGGCAUCCCAAGUUUGCAAGUUGUCCUUAAAGCUAUCCUUAAAGCCAUGGCUCCCCUCCUUCAAAUUGGUCUCCUCAUUUUAUUUGUCAUUAUCAUCUUUGCCAUCACUGGCAUGGAAUUCUUCCAGGGUAAAUUCCACAAUACAUGCUUUAUUGCCGAUGAAAACGGCAAAAGCACAGGUGUAAUGGCAGUCAAAGAAGGAGAGGAACCUCAAGUGUGUGGAAACGGCAGACAGUGUGCUGAAGGAACGGAAGUUUGCGAUGAAUACUGGCUGGGUCCCAACUUUGGAAUUACCAACUUUGACAAUAUGAUAUUUGCUAUGCUAACUGUUUUUCAGUGUAUCACAAUGGAAGGCUGGACCGAUAUUAUGUAUUAUUGUAGUGAUGCAGAAGGACCGUACUUUGUCUGGAUAUACUUUAUACCUCUUAUAAUCUUAGGCUCUUUCUUCAUGUUGAACCUUAUCCUUGGAGUCUUGAGUGGAGAGUUUGCAAAAGAGAGAGAACGGGUAGAAAACAGACGAGAAUUUCUGAAACUUAGACGACAGCAGCAGCUGGAUAAGGAACUUAAUGGUUACUUAGAAUGGAUAUGCAAAGCAGAAGAGGUCAUGCUGAACGAUAACGCCACCUCGGAGGAAGAAAGGGCAACAAUAGAAGCUCGUCGGCGUGCCGCUGCUAUGCAUCAAAGAGAACUGAGUCUUGGGAAUGGGAGAGCCAUCGAUACAAUUGAGGAUAGUUUUGAUCUUGAAGAUAUAGAUAAAGCCAAACUAACCGAUUCCCACAAAUCUAACAAACCAGAGAAAUCCAAGCAGAAACGGAAGCGGUGUUUGUGGCUACGGCAACGAGAGAAGAGAUUACGAUUCACCGUACGUCACAUGGUCAAAACGCAGGCGUUUUAUUGGCUAGUCAUCAUUCUGGUGUUUCUGAACACGGUCUGCGUGGCCAUUGAGCACUACGAGCAACCAGAUUGGCUGGAUGAUUUUCUUACACGUGCGGAGUAUGUUUUCUUGGGUAUCUUCAUCACUGAGAUGGCGAUAAAGAUUUACGGUCUUGGCCCUCAAACCUACUUCAAGUCUGCCUUCAAUAAGUUUGACUGCUUGGUUAUUCUUGCCAGCUUGUUUGAAGUCGUCUACACCAAUUUCCAAGGUGGAUCUUUUGGUCUCAGUGUCCUCCGAGCUUUACGUCUUCUUAGAAUAUUCAAAGUAACAAGAUAUUGGUCCUCGUUAAGAAACCUGGUGGUAUCCCUCCUGAGUAGUAUGCGCUCCAUUGUCAGUUUGCUGUUCCUCCUCUUCCUCUUCAUUCUCAUCUUUGCUCUUCUUGGAAUGCAGCUGUUUGGUGGAAGCUUCAACUACGAUCAUGAAAGCCCGAAGCCUGCCAGCAAUUUUGACAUCUUCCCUAUUGCCCUCAUGACGGUAUUUCAGAUUCUGACUGGUGAAGAUUGGAAUUUAGUGAUGUACUAUGGCAUCAAAUCCCAGGGCGGUGUUCAGAAGGGAAUGCUUAGCUCUCUCUACUUUGUUGUCUUGGUGCUAUUUGGCAACUACACCCUACUCAAUGUCUUCCUUGCCAUCGCUGUGGACAAUCUGGCCAACGCCCAAGAGAUGACCAAGAUGGAUCUAGAAGAUGAAGAAGCUGCAGCGGAGCAACGUGCCUUGGAGGCCGAAGAAUUACGAUCCAAUCGGGGCUCACCUCAACCUGGGGAGGAAGCAAUAGAGGGUAGCACUACCAUUCAUAUGAAUGAUGUGAAUCGGAGGAUGAACGGUGAUCACAGUGUGGAGAAUGGCGACCCAGACGUCCAAGUAACGGAUGCGGACCUUCCAAUUCCCUGGUACCGCCGCUGGUAUACCUAUAUGAAUGUCAACGGUAUUCCAUGGCCAUGUCCUACCAUGGGACCAGUGAGUUGCCCGUGUAUCACGGCCGUCUGUAAUUCUGAUUGCUGGUCGUCCUGUCCGUGCUGCCGCAAAACCAACAAUAAUGAAGAAGAAGAAGGAGAAGAAGAUGAAGAUGGUCCCAAAGAGAUGGUUCCAUUCAGUUCACUCUUCAUCUUCAGUACCACCAACCCGAUUCGACGUUUCUGUCACUACGUGGUCAACCUUCGCUACUUUGAUUUCUUAAUCAUGGUGGUGAUUGCUCUGAGUAGUAUCACACUAGCUAUGGAGAACCCUAUUGAUGACCCAAACAACAAGAGUCAAUACAACGCGGUGUUGGAAUACUUUGACUAUGCCUUUACCACCAUCUUCACCAUUGAGAUGACUCUGAAGAUCUUAGACAUGGGUCUGCUCCUACACAAGGGCUCCUACUGCAGAGACUUGUGGAAUAUUCUUGACUCUGUGGUCGUCGUUUGUGCCCUGGUUGCGUUCGGCGUCAAUCAAGCAUCAGCCGGCAGUACGGAUAAAGGAGCUAGUAAGAAUCUCAAUACCAUCAAAUCCCUCAGAGUCCUUCGAGUACUUCGACCCCUCAAGACCAUCAAGAGGGUACCCAAACUCAAAGCGGUGUUCGACUGUGUUGUGAACUCAGUCAAGAAUGUGACUAACAUCGCCAUCGUGUAUGGUCUAUUCAUGUUCAUCUUCGCUGUGAUUGGAGUCCAGUUAUACAAAGGAAGAUUCUUCUACUGCACUGAUCCCUCUAAACAUAACAGAGAGGAAUGCAAAGGUAACUACUUUGUGUACACUGGAGAUGAGAUUAGAGACACUCAGCCUAGAGAGUGGGAGAAAUAUCCCUUCAACUACGACAACGUCUUUGCAGCGUUACUAACGUUGUUUACAGUGUCUACUGGAGAAGGAUGGCCAGACGUCCUAAAGCACUCCAUCGAUGCGACCACAGAAGGCCAAGGUCCAGCACCUUACAAUAAGAUCCAGAUGGCUUUCUUCUACGUCGUCUACUUCAUCAUCUUUCCAUUCUUCUUCCUCAACAUCUUCGUUGCGUUGAUCAUCAUCACCUUUCAGGAGCAAGGAGAUAAAGACUACCAAGAUGGAGAUAUUGAUAAGAAUCAGAAACAAUGUGUAGAGUUCUGUAUCAACGCUAAACCAACGGAUGGCUUUGUACCGACCAACAAGAACUCCGUCAAGUAUAAAGUCUGGAAGCUGGUCGUGUCUCAGCCAUUUGAGUAUUUAAUCAUGAGCCUCAUUGCUUUGAAUACCAUAGCUCUGAUGAUGAAGCAAUAUAAAGCAUCUGAUGAGUACGUUAAUGUUCUAGCUUACCUCAACAUCGCCUUUACGGUGCUCUUCACUAUUGAAGCUGUUCUUAAGCUCAUUGCUUAUGGGCCAAAGAACUACUUCCGUGCAGCGUGGAACACAUUUGACUUCAUCACUGUGCUAGGAAGCAUUGCCGACGCUAUUAUAACUCAAGUCGGGCCUGAUGAUGGCUUCAUUAAUCUCAGUGUCUUGAGGUUGUUCCGUGCUGCUCGGUUGAUCAAACUACUCCGUCAAGGGUCCUCCAUUCGAAUCCUCCUCUGGACAUUCGUACAAUCAUUCAAGUCGCUGCCUUGGGUUUGUCUUCUAACAUUCAUGCUGUUUUUCAUCUAUGCAAUCAUUGGCAUGCAGAUCUUCGGCAAUAUCAGCAUAGCGGACGACGGCAAAGCCAUUAAUCGUAAUAAUAACUUCAGCAACUUCUUCAUGGGACUUCUACUACUGUUCAGGUGUGCUACCGGAGAGAGUUGGCAGCUAAUAAUGUUGUCAUGUAAUUCUCAUUCUACUUGUGAUGUUGGCAGUCUUGGAGCCAACUACACUGAAGAUGAACUAAAUGGAUGUGGCUCAGAUUUCUCCUACUUCUACUUCGUAUCAUUCAUCUUCCUUUGUUCUUUCCUUAUGUUGAAUCUCUUUGUGGCUGUAAUUAUGGAUAAUUUUGAUUAUCUAACGAGAGACGCUUCUAUCUUGGGAGCUCAUCACCUGGAUGAGUAUGUCCGAGUCUGGGGUGAGAUAGAACCAGUUGGAACUGGACGAUUACAUUACAAAGAGAUGUAUGAAAUGCUAAGAACAAUGGAGCCACCUGUCGGUUUUGGAAGAAACUGUCCUUACAGAAUUGCUUACAAGCGUCUAAUAAGAAUGAACAUGCCGGUCGCUGAAGACAAGACGGUUCAUUUCUCCACCACCCUCAUGGCGCUCAUCCGUACAGCACUGGACAUCAAAAUUGGCAAAGUGGCCGAUCGAGACAGACAUGACAGUGAACUACGGGAUGCUGUCAAGAAUUUCUGGCCGACUCUGAAUGCAGACAAGCUAGAUCUCCUAGUCCCUCCAGACAGCGAGUUGAUUGGGGAGAAGUUAACUGUGGGGAAGAUAUAUGCCGCUCUACUUAUUUAUGAGACGUGGCGAGAAUACAAAGCAAAACUACAGAGGGAUGGUCAUGCGAGAACGUUCAUCCAAGCUGCUCAAAAGCGGCCGUGUCUCUUCAGGCGUCUCGUCGGUGCUGUUAGGCGUGGUAGUGCUGAGAACAUCUUCAAGGAAGUAGCAGAGGAGGAUGAAGAAACUCCUCUAGCUCCCAACGAGCCAAAACCAGAGCCCAAGGCAAUCGAACCACCUCCCGCUAAGACGCGGGAGCGAGACCGUGAACGAGACAAAGACCGAGGCGGAGACAAGGACCGGGAGCGAGAUCAUAUCAGGCCAAGAAUGAUUGCAUCUACGCUUCCCAGGAUUGAUAGCUCCGGCUCGGAAGGAUUGACAGCUGACCAGCAUAGUAGAAGAUCUUCACCACAGAUACACGACAAAUCCCCAGAUAGACACCGUGGUAAAUCCCAUGAUAGACAGUACGACAGAUCUCAGGAUAGACCCCAGGACAAACCCCAGGACAGACACGGUGAGGUACCCAGGGACUCAAGAAGACGGCCAAGGGACCCACUAGACACAUCCAGGGGUAUUGAAAUGGCGGAUAUAAAAUACCAAGAUGCUCAUCCAGAGAUUCCAAGAUCUGGCUCAGGUUCAAUAGAGAAGAAGCAGUCGAUGGAUAGACAUCCAUCGUCCAGUUCCUCUCAUCACAAUAUACCCAGUCUUCAGCCACCUCCAAUUUCCUCUCGGCCUAAAAAUCAAGAUCGCGGCAGGCCUCGACAACGAGAUGGCCUUAAUCCUAACGACCCUUAUCUUAGAGAACGACGACCAAGUCGUGAAAGACCCUCAUACCCUCAAGAAUUUCCUUAUGGUGUCCCACGAGGUCAUAUAAGUAAAAGUAGUUCUAGGAAUAACUUAGAUAGGAAAACCGAACAACCAGCUUCUUCCGUUGAUCCCAAACCUCAAAGAGCCUUGCCACCCCAGCAUCCAUCAGAUUCUUAUAGCUAUGAUAACUUAAGGGAGCUUGAACAUCAAGAUAGUAGACUAAGGCGAAGCAAUCGUGAUGUUAGACCAGAUUCUAGUCGAGAAUCUCUCAGAACACCCUCUAGGCACCCUAGUACAGUCUCAGAAGUUAGAUUUGAAGACGGGGAACCACCCUCAAACAAAAACAGACACUCUUCCAAACAUCUUGAUAACAGUGCGAAUCUUAAAAGGAGGGGGUCCCACUCCCAAGAUCCUGAACGGGCAUCCACCCAUAAAAGGAAAGAGAUUGAGACAAGGCUAGACAAACCAAAUUCACAUCCACGUCCACAUCGGGAUCGGCAUCGGAAAUCAGAUGACCGCUAUCGCGAUAGUCCGAGCGAUUACGCAGACUCCCCAACGAGUCAGAGACAUUCCCCGGUGGACUCCUCCGGUAUGUCCAUCUCCCAAAGCCUACCUUCAUUUGAAAAGAACAAGACAAACAAACGCUACACCUCCCCUAGUAUGCCUGAGUUUAUAACACAAGGUCAGGGAAAUAGAAACCAACCCUAUGCUAGCACCCCUUACGAUACCCAAGACAUCAAUCAGAAUCUCAGAUUAGAUGACAAACGUCAUACUAGAUCUAGAAGUAGUAGUAGACGUAAAGAAGGGGUUUACAUUGAUGAGAAUAGUAAUCCAACCCAUACCGGGGAACCCCAUGGGUCUCAAUCCGGUGGUAGACACAGAACAUCUGACUCGCAUGAUGCAUCACGUAAAGUCAGACUAGAGCAAGAUAUGACAGAGCCCGAUAACUAUCCCCACCCCUCUAAUAGCAAACAACGACGGAAACACAGAGAGGAAUUAGGGCGUGACGAUGUGGAUGACAAUACCCAAUAUGAGGGAGCUGGGAUACCGAGCCAACGGAAGCAGAACGCGAAGGGUACCAGACCCAGACCAGAUGAGGGUGCAUCCCGAAGAGAAAGACUUGACUCGGAGGAGAGCGCGUCCUCAUCCCAACCCCUUCUAGGGUCAGGACGGUCCCCAUCACCAAUACGACGGAGGAUACCGCAGGUAGACCAACCAGACCCCUCUGCACAUCCUUAUUUACCCCAAACGCCCACCCACCGGGUACCUCAUGAGGACCAUCCACCCCGUGGAACCCCAAACGGUAAACGUCAGCCUCGUGAGCAACGCUACGAACCUCGACAUGAUGAGACCUUCAGCCAGGAGAAAUCCAAACCUCGUCGACCGUCCCCAUCUAAGAGAGACAUCGUCGCUGUUUCAACACCGAGUAAGAAAGCACAGAGUGCCGAGCACUUACCAGAGACUGAGUAUAGCCCCGGAAUGGUACGACGUACCCCUGGGCGUCGGCUACCCCCGGUACCAGGUGAGGUUAGACCCUCAAAUCAUCAAACAGGGAGCCUAUCAGGCACCCCAAGGCCACGACCUCGAUCAGCCGGUACCUCUCGCUCUAAAGACUCAAGUCCUGUCCGACAACCUCUCUCACAUCCACGUAGUAAAGAAUCUCGUCAUCCCGAGACUCGUUCCACUCCACCUCCAUUUUCCAUCGACGACCGACCACCACAAUACGAGGCGGUGAUGCGUACUCAAGACCCAGCAGAUCAGGGCGUGGUCGAUCCACGCCUACCCAAUGGAUACCGCCCUGGAUCAUCGGUCUCAAAAGGGCGUGGUCAUGGAACGCAGGCACACAGUCCUCGUCGAGCUCCGCAGGGUGUGUCAAGAGGACAUGGGCGUCGGCACGGCAGGGAAGGAAAUGGAGGAACAAUAGCUGGUUAUUCAGAUACAGAAGAAGACGAAUGGGCAUGAUCCAGGAACACACCAAGAAACAACCUGUUCUUCUUUGUUGGUUUCUUGUUGGAACGUCUUCUUAAAGCAAUGCAAACAUCUACCAUCUUAUAUAUUCAUCCUUCAACUCUUGAAAACCUAUAACCCUUGCUGGAGAAUUCUAAUUCAUUACCUGACAUUAUUCACAAGUGAAGGCUACAUAGUCCUCAGUUCUUCUUGAAUUAUCAAGUUUAUAGACGGUAAUACCUACUGGUAGUGGCACAUCUUCAGUCGAAAGAAAAUACAGAACUGGUUGACUUUUCUACAUUGGACAGAAGUCUGAGAAAAGAUCCCUGUUCAAUUAUGUAACCAGUGCAGAGGGGUAUGUAUCUAAUACAUCAACUUUUUUUGUAAAAUAGCUUCAGUGUUAAAAAUUUACAUUAAAAAAAAGCUGUUUAAACAUUUUUACUCUAAAAUGCAAAGAUUCAGAAGACUAAGGUGUUGUUGUAGAUCCUUUUUUAAGUUUCAAGGAAAAACAAAAUGGGGAAGAAUUGUUUUUAAAGAUCCACGUGUUACCAUGGAGAUUAACACAUUAUCAGGAUUUAAAUCAGAUUGACUUCUUUUUUUGAAUAUUUGCAUUUGAAGAUUUAGGAUUUUUUAUAUAUUUCAAAUACUACAGGACUAUAUGUUACAGAAAUUAUCAAAAACGUCUCCCAAACUAUGGAUUGUCAAACUGAUAAAAAGCUUGCAUUCAAGACAAAACAUUACCCCUUAACACACAAUGGAACAUUCGUACACUGUGUACGAUGAGAGAACCUACCGGUUAUUCCAUUUUGUUGGGGUGCUACUUAUUGAUGCAGUGAUGUCAGACAGUUUUGAUUCCUCCUUCGUCAACAGCUCCAUAUUUUGGGCGACACUUGCCUGAUUUGACGUGUUGGCAAAUUUAACCAGAUUGAGUAAUACAUACUCGUGUACAAACCAAUGCAUUUGACUGGUCACUUAAUAGCCAUGUAUAGCACAUUUUUUAAAGUUAAAUUAAAAAAGUAAAUUGUAAGGAGAGUUAGCUGUUUCUACUGCAUUUAAACCGUUGUGGUUUACUUCUUGGACUGAAAACAUUGGUUCUUUCAUUAUUACCCCAUGCAAACAAAACAAAGACAGUUUCACAUCUAGACUUUCCUGUUUGAAUAGAAAUCUUAAAGGUGUCUUUAAGAAACUAUUGUUACAGUGAUCCACCAACUACAUCUAUCAAUGUUUCCUUUGCAAUGGACCAAUAAGUUCUGUUAUUUAGCCUAUACCAAAUGCUUUCCUUUGUGUGUAAAUACUAAAUGCCAGCAAAUAUGCUAACGGUUCAUGACAAUUGGACAGUUACAUCAAAUAUACAUAAAUAUUUCAUUUUGUUAUUUCAUUGGUGAAUAUUAAUAUUGUACAAAUUAAUAUUUGAAUUAACACUAUAUAUAAAUCUAUAUAUAAACAUAGCAAAAUUUCUAAAAAUGCAUUUUUUUAUUACAACUUAAUUAAUCAAUGUGGGGGACUAUGAGUGUUAGUGUAGUAUUCGAUUGGGCACUGUGUCAUAUUUCAGUGUUACAAUUCCCUGCUAAGCGAAUUCAAUCUCUUUAAUCAUUUGAUUAUUUAGCUUCUUGGUCAUGGAUCAAUAGCAUGGUGUAGCGGUGUAGCUUAGCAUUAAAUCAAUCAUGCUUAGCAGAAUUGGAGCGUGCUACCAGCCAAUCUUUAAGUAAUGUAAGCCUCACUGGUUUCCUGCUUCAAACAUUCUUAGCCCAAAACACAAACACACACAAUCUAUACUUUAUGUAAUUUUAACCUUCUAUCUGUAACACGGAUUCACCAUGUUGUUGACCCCUGACCUUUAGGAAGCUGUAGAAUCUAAUGAAUAUUUAUAAGCUUUAACGGAACAAUAAAUUUAUCUGCAAAUUCUACAUAGCCAAGUUCAAUUAUAAGUAGAGAUAUUUAGCUAGAUGUUACUGUAACUUAAGCAUGAUAAUCUUACAACAUAGGACAGUAGAACUAUGUCUAUAUAUCACCUAAAUUCUAACAGCCAUCUUUCCGGCAAAGGUGUCUUUCUGAUUGGAUCCUUUUUGGAGUCGUUAUAGUAACUAGUACUUUUGACGCGAUGCGUAUUACCAAUUAACGCAUCAGUGUCUGGACCCCAGACUCGUAACCUUAGACUACUUGCAUCUUCUCAUUUCACCCGACCAUGAUGUAAACAAUCCAAGUAAUUUUUAUCAUUGUCUGAAAAUAAUCAUGUGACUUUUGGGUGUCUUUUCAUACCAUAAAUGGGAGUUAACUUUGUUCAAUUUAUUACCAGACUGGUACCCAAUACUCAGUCCAUGUAAACCAUAUAAACGCUAUCCAAGGUAUCUGUCUAAGAAAUUUUCCUAUAAUCGAUGUAUGGCGUGCUUAGUCAGUCUUAAAAUAUUGACAUUCAAUUCUAUUUUAACACAUCCAUAAAUUGCUGUAGAUAUUUCUUGGGAUUUUGUUUUUUGGAAAACAUUUUUAAAUUAUUGCACGCUGUUUUGUUUGAAAUUUACACACAAUUUUUCUAGAAAAGGAUUUUUAGUCUGACAAAUGGACAGUUUUUUGUAGAAUAAUUUUGAGAGAGAAAGAUAAUGGGUUUUACCAUAAUGGGUUGUGAUUGGAGAGUUUAAACUCGUCAAAGUUUCUUUUUCUUCUUGAAUUCAAUUAAUCAAUCAAUCAAUCAUCGAUCAUUCAAGUACUUAAUCAAUCAGUGAGUGAUCAAUAUUAAGUUAACUAGUACUAAUUUCCUAAUAAAAAUUUAUCAUUAGUAGGCACCUUUUGAAUUGGAAUCGCAAAUCAGUAGUCCAAGUUUUAACAAGUUAUAUAUACCAUAGGAUAUAGAAGACAUCUUGUUAACCACAUUCCAGUUUAUUACGUUUGAUUAAGUUUAAUUGUAUUUAUGAAUGGGUGUGCAUGUAUGGUGUGCCAUUUGUGUCAAAAAUGGAUAAAGGGUUAAGUGUACAUAAGGGUAUAGAGGAAAGUCAGAUGGAUUGAGAUGAAUUGCAAUAUGAAAUUGCACUCCAUAGUUUUAGUUGCUGUGAUUCAGUUAUUUUGUUUUUGUACUUAAAGAAAACAUUACUAUGUCUAAAAAAGAACUAUGCAAAAUGCUUUACCAUUUCUAUUAUUAACAUUGUGCUCUGAACAAGUGAAGUUCAGCUUAUUUUUUUUUGUGGUUGUCUUAUGAACAACUUUGCAUAAGUUGGGCUUUUUUUAAUUUAUAUUCUUUUAUGCGAUUUAGAUAUCUUUGAAACAAUAUUUAACUUUUAAGAAUCUGAUAAUCAAACAUUUUCCGACAUAUUGAAAAGAAUUCUCCUUGUGGAAUUUCAAUAAUUAAACAAGGUAUGAUAGGAUUUCACCCAAAUGCAAGUUGAAAAAGAUAUCUAAAUUGCAUUAUUACCAAAUUCAGAUUUUCCAGCAUAUUGCUCUUGUGUUUUUAUUAAUUUUUUCUACUGCUUUCGUUUUGUAUAUUACAAGCCAUAGUCAAUAAUUUUCAUAAAGAUUUGAUUGUGUGAUUAGCGGAUAUUAAUUUUAGAAGUUCACAUUUUUGAUCAAGCUCAAGCUUUUUGGAUUUUUGCUGCAAGUUGUCUAUUUAUGGACGUUGGAGGCGCUGUUUCCUGUGCAAUGACUAUCAACUUCUCCGAAUGUGCCAUUUUUCUUGUGUUUAAACGCUGAUUUUUAUAUAAGUUUGUUUGUUUGUUUGAAAAUAUGUAUAGUCUAUACUAAUUUCCAGAUGUUAUAUUUUAUGUCGUUGAAGUAAUUAUACAAAGUACAUCCAUGUACUAAUUGACAACUAUAAAACAUUUCGGGUUAACUUAAUGUAGCUACUAAGAUUGGAAAGAACUGCCGAAGGAAUUCGAAAGAAUUUGUCAGAGAUUUAUAACAAAUAGUAAUUUAUCUCUUUCUGUUUCAACUAAACCCCAUCAUUUAUUGCCACUUGAAACCCAACAUAUUGGGCAUCCGAGUGUCGACACUUUUGUCGUUUGUUUUUCCUCAUAACAGAUUGUAUCACACCCAUAAUGACGUCAUAUAUAAAUGACAUGAGUACAAACAUAACUACGUCAUCAGACCCCACCCCCUUCAAAAAUGAGAUAAGUAAUAGAUGUUAUUAUACGUGUUAUAUUUGAGCGAACCCGAGAGGUAGUUUUGAUUCUUAGUAGCUACAUGACCUAAACAAGUAAAAUAAACUUAUGUUGUUUGUUGUUGUUCUUAAGAACCGGGGGUAAAGAUACUUUUAAGAAGUAUACUUCUUCAAAACACUUUUUUCCUGACCUCCCAGACAUUACUAUUGACUGGCUGUACACAAUGUAUAUACUAUAUAUAUCAUGUGCUUUCAAAACUUACACUAUCCCAUGGUAGAGUUAUAGAGUAGUUCAUCAUCGUAGACAUCUUUAUAAAAAUGCGACUUUUACGGCGUCCAUCUUCAGCGCUCUCGUCAUCGUUACGUCAUCGUUACGUCAUCAUGAUGUUUGUUUUAUUCACGAUUCUAUUUCGAGUGAAAUAAAAUACCUCUGCACAAGAAGAAUAUGAUUGUAA